UCACCACUGUGACUGAUCUUCCCGAUGGUAACCAGUCAGUUCGUGUGUAUGAAUUCACUGAUUCAGGCAUCAAUGUUCACUUGGCAGACAAAAAAGUCGGUGCAAAAGCCACCCGCACGUACAAGAGAGUUUAAUUAUAGCUUUUAUCAACGAGAAUGCAAGGACUGGCCACUCAUGCAAUGAUAAUGUAAUUUUUGUCGGUUUUAUUGAUUACAUACACAGGUGUUAUUAAUAAAGAUAAUUUGAUUGAAUUUCAAUGGUUUCCUGAACUAAUACUCCUUAAUAAACAGACACAAAAACAA